UCCACUUCCUGCGACAAUAGAAAAUGAAUGCGCAUGCGUUAUAAGAGGUUUACUGGCUAGAAAGGAAGGAGCUGUAAGGCGAGGUUUAGGUGUUGAUUGUGGACAGGCAGGCUCUCUUCUGAUAAUGCAAAUGGGGAAAUGUCCACGAAAAGUAAGAAGCGAGUGAUUCUACCAACCCGUCCUGAACCUCCGAGCAUUGAACAGAUUUUAGAGGACAUCCGGGAUGCUCACCCCUCUGAUCCAGUAUUUGCUGUGUUAAAGGAGACCAAUGAAGAGCCACUAGAAGAUUCUGCAGAAAACAGGGAGAAACAGUACCAGCAGUGUCGCUCAUGUGUCGAAUUCACCCAGAAACUGCAGCAGAUGCAAGCAGUACUAAAGCAAAAACGUGAACAGCUGAAGGUGGUUGGUGAGCAGCUUGAACAAAACAUCACAGAUAUGAGAGAGCGAGCUUCCUGAUCUACAGCUGAAAUGAAUCUGAGCAGAUUUCUCAAAUUAGCUUUACCAAAAAUAGGAAGGGCAUUUGCAGUUAUUGAGAGAGGCUUUUUCCCCAACAGAGAACCUUUCUAGCUUGUCCAUUUUAAUAAACUAUUCUGUCAAGAAAACAGUUCUGUUGGGGUUUUCUCUGCCUUUUGGAUUGAAAAUAAACCUUUGUAAACAUUGCUGUAAAGCCAUUUUCACAUUAAUUGUAAAACAUGACAAGGUUGGUUGUUCCAAGUUGGUGGUUUUAGUAUUUCCCCACUGAAUUCAUGUGCUUUUCAUAAGACAGUUUUUUUUUUCUAAUCUGACUGCUAGUGCUUUGCACCUCCUAUCACAGUUUACUGUUUUUAGAAGCUUAUUUCUGUCUGUAUAUUUAGCUGACAUUAUUUUUGUAAUUGUCAAGAAUGUUUUGAAAGUCAGAUUUAUUCAUUAUGUGCUUAAAGGACUAAAUGAUUCCUGGUUAUACACCCAUAUGUGUGGUACUGAUGUAAGACGUGGACUGUACUGCUCAUGGAACUGCGGAAGAAUACCACAUUUGUAUACGACUUUUCCAUCUGGUACAGUGAAACUGAUGAAGACAUUGCUAGUACUGUUGCUGAAAUCUUGCGCAGUUCAGGUCACUGUGGCUAUUUGGAACAUCAGGAUGAACUAGGAGGGAUGCUGGCCAUUUCUUCAGUAACUGACAUUAUUUGUCGUAGUAGUGUUACGUUUGUUAUUCUGUCUGCGAACUCUCUGAAGAAUUAUUGGUGCCAGAAGGUCUUAGAAUGGAAUUUGUUUCACAGCAUUGAACAAGCUGGUACCAAGUUCAUACCAGUUUAUGCCAAUGUACAAGAUGAACAGGUGCCAGUAGUGCUUCGGCACAUUAGUGGACUCAAGUACAGUAGUACAUUUUUCAAAACAAAACUAUUGGGAAGUAUGAAAAGCAAAAAGGUGAGAUGUAAAAGAUUUACCUCCUAGACUGCAAGUGGAGCAGGCCUGGCUAGCACUCCCCAUUUACGGAUGCAUUUGUAUUUCAGCUGUGUUCAUGUAUUGGCAAAAAUAAAGGAUCAGGCCUUGCACUUUU